AUUCAACAUCGGUUCGCUGAUAGUGAUGCACGGCAGGAGGCAACUGUUCUGUGAAUCAUCUUCGUAGCAUUUUCGUCAAAGAUAAUAAAGCUUGGAAGAUAAUAAUAUUAACGGGAAAUAGUGUAAUUAUUUUGUAUAGUAAUGGCAAUGAUAUAUCCAUAUAAAUGAACAGUUAUACGCGUACCUGGCCCUGGCCAGCGUCGGGCAUCAUGUUUCUUGCGUAUUUCCUGUUUUGUAACGGCGUGAAGGUUCGUUUUCAGUAAGCUAGUCAUCGUGCUCAACGAAUCAUGCGGUGAUUUGUAUACACAAAUAAUGGAAAACAUUAGUGGUUAGAAAGAAUUUGAUUACUAAGGCCUUAUAGACACGUUCCUCGAUAAGCGGCUUACUCUUAGCGUCUCACGCGCUACACAUCUCCCAGGACGUCGUUCACCGCCUUGUAUUCGUGGCAGAACUUGGAAAUUGUGGUGAAGGUGCGAUGAAGUAAAGCCGGAGGAUGAUGAUGGGUGAUCAGUUUCGUAGCAAAGUGGAACAAUAUUCACCAAAGUCAUCACCAAGGGGUGCCCGUUCCCCCGUUGUUUCACGUCAGGACUCGACUGGAACUCUAAAAGCGACGAUUUCACUAGGGAAGAACCCCUCCAUCGUCCACAGUGGGCCCUUCUACUUAAUGAAGGAGCCCCCUGGGGAAAGUGAACUCACAGGGGCUACGAAUUUGAUGGCCUAUUAUGGCCUCGAGCAUUCCUACAGUAAAUUCAGUGGCAAGAAAUUAAAGGAACAGCUCUCUUCUUUCCUACCAAAUCUACCUGGCAUUGUUGAUGCACCUGGUCAUCAAGAUAACAGUUCUCUGAGAUCUGUAAUUGAGAAACCACCAAUUGGUGGCAAGGAACUUCUUCCUCUGACCAGUGUACAGCUGGCUGGAUUUCGAUUACAUCCUGGUCCACUUCCUGAACAGUAUAGAUAUGUAAAUCAAGCACCGCAGAGAAAGCACAAAAAUAAACACAAAAAACAUAAACACAAGCCUGGUGAAGUACCUGGUGGUCAAGAGACUGCAACUACAGAUAUCGGUGGACCUGAUACGCAUGAAAAGAAACAUAAAAAACAAAAAAGACAUGACGAAGAGAAGGAGGCCAGGAAGAAGCGAAAGAAAGAAAAGAAGAGAAAAAAACAAAAGCAUAGUCCUGAACAUCCCGGAGGACUCACACCCUCCCAGCAUUCCAAUGCGUGAUCUCCGAGUUUAUCGCUUUUCUUUUUAACAGACACUCGAUCACAAUACCUGAAAUAAAGGGUUAUGUUUUUAGGCCAUACAAGAAAACUGCCUAAAAAUCGGUCGAUGUAAAACUACAAACAAUAGCAUUAUAUUAUUAGUAGGAUCGCAUGAAUAAAAACUUCUUUUUUUUAUUAUUUAUUACUGAUUCCUCAAUCACUUAAAAAAAAAACAUUGAAUGAUGAGGAAUCGGUAGCUAAUGUGCUGUCGUUCGGUACGAAGAAAACAUUUUGCCAAAAAUUUUGUGCGAUCCUGCUUGUUGACGAGGAAAAAGUGAAAAUACGGAGGGGGGAAUGUUACGGCUCAAACUUCCAACAGCGUCCAUGAACGUGCUUCGUAAUGCGUAGAGCAUGAAUAUCGUUCCUAAGAAGAUUAUCAUCCAUUGUCCAAUGUAAAAUUUCAUCGAUAUAAUUGAAAUUCGAGAAUGCCACGAGAAAUUCUGACCUAGUCCAGAAAAGAGGGUACAAUUAAAUCUUCUCAGCCGAAAUAUAUUUAUAUGUUUACGCUCUCUUUGUAACUGGUUUUAUGUGAAUCCUUGCGGUGCAAGAACAAAGAUUGUUACGUGUACGUAUAGUUUAGUUUGUGAAGUUACGUUCUGAUUAGAUAGCACAUAGGAGUAACAGUUUCGAUUGUAAUUGAUACACGUUCCUUUUUGUUUUUAAUGUCUUUAUCCGAAUCCGACGGUUCUUUGUUCAAUGCGAAUACAGUAUUUACGAAACACGCUACUACACGUAUUGGCUUAGAAAGAAUCCAUACGUAAAGUACCACACACGUUGCUCCAUUACAGCAGCGAACGGCUAAGUGGACAAUGCUUAGAUAAUAAGAUUGUAAUAUAUCUGCGUGUAAUAUAGACUGGACAUGAAACAAAUAUAAAAAACAAAUCGCAAUAUUUGCUGCUAAUGGUGAAUAAGUAAAACAUGGACGAACGCAUCGCAUUCUUCGCGUUAGCAUGUAAAUAAAACAUUUUGAAUAAUGUGGAAAAAAAAGUAAUGAAAGUCAUACAUAUACAAAUGAUCAUUGCCAUGUUAAUUUUUUCUCUCAUCUAUUGAAAGACUUACUACACAUGAUACAAAGAUAUAAAUAUAAGAAAUAGUUUAAUACAA